AAUGGAAUCGAAAUGGUACUUUUUUCCGGGUCAGACUCCGGCAAAUACAAAAAUUUCCGACAGGGCUCACGCUCUCCACAUUACUAAACCGGCAUGGGCCAACAUAACCGAGCAUUUGAACCGGAAAAAGCGAAUUCAAGAAGCUAUCGACAAAGAAAAGGCCCACAAAGAAGCUUUGAAACAAGGAUCGGAGGCGAUGACCAAAGAAUGGGUCAAUUCCAUUGAAAAUCUUCGAAUAAAAAAAGAGGAAGAGAGGCGUGACCGGAUUAAUAAAAAGAAAGAAGACAAAAUACAGAUGUUUUACAAAAUGCGAGCCGAACAAGAAGUUGUGAGAAAAGAGUACGUCGAGAAGGUUAAACGGGAGGUUUUCCGAUCGACUGGUUAUCCCAAAGAACUGACAAGUGCUUUAAUGCUGUCUGAAACAUUGUACGAACGAGAGAAACAAAAAGAAUUCAAUGAAAUGAUCAAAAAACACGAAGAAGAGAUAAAGAAGGAGUUUCACGCUCAAGUUAUCGCACGCGAUGAAAAAGACAAGAAGGAAGAUGAAGACCAGAAAUUGAAACGAUUUGAAGAGCGCAAAAAAGUGUCUCAAAUCCUCAAAAAUCAGAUUGUGGAGAACGAAACAAUGAAGAAAGCCCAAAGCCGUGCCCGAAUCGAGAAAGAGACAAUCGACCGAAUCAACGCAGCUCGCGAAGAAGAGCUCCUCAAAGAGUUUGAACGCGAAGAAAAACUCAAAACGCGUCGCGAAAUCGCCCUUGAGAAGAAAAAGGAAAUUGCAGUUGAGCGCAAACGUCAAGAACUCCUCGCUAAAGAGACGGCCGAGAUGGAAAAAGCGACGGAAUUUUACAGUGAGGCUAAAAAACGCAUCGACUGUCUCCUCAAACUCAAAGAGAAGGAAAUGCGUGAGGAGGCGAUUAAGGCCCGUGAGGCACUAGCCUCCAAAGUUGGAGCGAUUCAAGAAGCGAAAGAUGCGGCUGAGGAUGAGAGAAUUGCCAAAGCGGUGGCGGAGAGAGAUGAGGAGGAGAGGGCCAAAGUUGAGGCAAAGGCCAUUAUUGAGGCACAAGCUGUCAAGGAGAGGAUUGAGGAUCGGAAGCAGUUUUUGGAGAGGCAUGAGCGGGAGAAAUGUGCCGAGAGGGAGGUGAAAAGGUGGGAGAUGUUGAAUAGGGUGAAGACACAAGAGGCCUUGAAGGAAUAUGAGGAGAGGGCCAUCAAGGAGAGGUGGGAGAGGAUUUUGGAGUAUCGGAGGGAGUUACUGGAGCAAAUGGCGGAGGAAAAGGAAGUGCAAAAGAAGGAGAAAGAGAUUGAAGAGAUUAUGUCACGGGUGAGUUUUGAGGAGGCCGAUAAAAUGUUCUUUGAUUAUGCGGAGGAAGUUAUGGAUUUGGCUAAGAAGAGAAAGAGGUCAACUUAUCCGAUUGAAAAAGUGAUAACAGAGUACAAGAAAAUUAAUAAUUUGAUGCCAAAAGACCGACAUUGCAGAUGUUGCAAGAAAUAGUUUUUGAGGCAAUUUGAAUUAAUUUGGGGAUUUUAAGAUGUGACGUUGGUACCUCAAGUAAAAUAAAAACUUAUUUAAAAAUUAAA